UCAGCGACGAUUCAAGCAAAAUGCAGUGGAACCAUUGGUCGGUCGCGCUGGCUCUUGCAGCACCAGCAUGCGCAGAAAUACAACUAUUCACCUCGGAUGAAUUUCCCUCUCUGUCUCCAGGAUGUGUGGCUGCCUUGACAGCCAGUCUGUCAUGUGCAUUCAUUGAAAGUGGGAAUUCAAUGUACCAAUUCACAACAGACCUAACCCCUGAUCAUCUGGACCAGAUGUGCACAGACGAGUGCAAGACCUCUAUCGCAUCCUAUCGGGAAGCUGUGGAAACCGCUUGUGCGGAUGAUAAAUAUGAUGAUGGAGAUUCAUCCAAAGGUACCUCUGGAGUGUAUCGGCCCAUCGUCCUGCCUGAUUACUACUUUACCAAUUACAACCAGCGGUGUCUGAAAGACAGUGACGGCAAUUACUGCUUGUUUCACCUGCAGUCAACGGAUACCCAGGAUGAGUGCGAUGCGUGUGGGCUCCGAAUGUUCCAGGCUGAAUUGAGAAAUGGCUAUUUCUACAAUGAUGAUUUGGCUGAGCAGUACAGCUCAUUGACGUCGAGCUGCGGUGUUUCAACCCUAGAUCUUCCAACGCCUACUCCAGUAGUCGUCACAAGUUCCUCCACAACCAGCACAAUCCCCACUUCCUGCGCCGAUCGGAGCGCCGUCAUUCAGCCCGGAGACACCUGCGACACAUUUGCCGCUGCAAACAAUGUCAGUACCUGGCGAAUGCUGAUCGAGAAUGGGUUGCAGAGUGGUUGCGUUGAUUUUCCCAGCAGUGGAACGCUCUGCGUCACUGGACAUUGUCAGACGCAUCUAGUAACAGCCAGUGACAGCUGCAUGAGCCUGGCUCUGAAAUAUGGCAUAACAAUCACUCAGUUCAUAACCUGGAGCUCUGUGCUAAACUCCCAGUGUAGUAACUUUGAUGUUCUCAUCGGCCACUAUGUCUGUGUGAGCUAUCCUGGCAGGGCAACCUCUGAACAUAACCCCUAUGCCACUGGUGCUUUUGGGGCUACAGCAAAAGUAGCAGCCCCGGUACCCAGCGAUAUAGCCCCAGGAACUAACACAAACUGUGGGAAAUAUUACCGAGCCAAAGAAAACGACUACUGCCAAGCCAUUGCAAUGGCACAAGGCAUCACUGUAUCCGAUCUGUUAUUCUUGAAUCCGGAGAUACACGCCAAUUGUUCCAACAUCCGGCCCAACCACAGCUACUGCGAAAUCAGUGACUACCCCGGCUACGGCGGCACAACAUCCACACCAUGGUGGGUCGGACAAACAGGCACUCGCAUGAACUGGGACGAUCUUCCUCUUGCCACCGGCUUGACAUCAUGGGUGCCAAUCGUGACCCCGACCACAGCUCCCUUGGCUCCCAAUACCCGACGUGAUUGCGAGGAUUACGAAGAUAACACGUAUGGGCAGAUUCCGUGCCGUUGGCUGGUCAAGGGAGUGUCCAUGGUAGACUUUGCGAGUUGGAAUCCGUCUGUCGAUGUGUACGAUUGCAAGUUGGCGAACAAUACCCGCUAUUGUACCUUGCUGGGGUCUGGGUAUUUGUUGAAUGAGGAUUGA